ACGACGAUCCAGUCCAAGUGCGGGGACGCAUCGAGACGGAACGCACGCUCCACACAACUCUCCCGCGUACUGCUCCACAGAGUUUUAUUUUUCUACUGUGUUCCUUUUUAUUACGUGUCGUAAAAUCAUAGAGUAAUUGUUCGUUUUUAAUAUUUCGACGCAAGCGAGAGUACGUGUAUUUUGGAAAAGAAAAAAGUUUUUUUAAAAAAGUAUUUCGAUAUACUGUGAUGCCAGCGAGUCUUUUUUCGGAGCUGGACGAGAGCCGGUCCUGCCUCAACGAGCAGAAGGCCUUAGUUUCGCUGGCGUUCGAGCUGAGCAUGUUGAAUCUUGACACUUCGCCGACAACGACUGAGCCGGCGACCCCAGGGGACAUCAUGCCCGCGUCGUUUCCCGACGACAGCCGAGGGAAGAAGAGCCAGAACAUGACCGAGUGCGUGCCAGUGCCGAGCUCCGAGCAUGUGGCCGAGAUCGUUGGCCGUCAAGGCUGCAAGAUCAAGGCCCUGCGAGCCAAGACCAACACGUACAUCAAGACGCCCGUACGAGGGGAGGAGCCCGUGUUCGUGGUGACGGGCCGCAAGGAGGACGUGGCCAAGGCCAAGAGGGAGAUCCUGUCAGCCGCCGAGCACUUCUCUCAGAUCCGCGCCUCCCGCAAGAACAACCUGGGGGGCGGCGGCGUGGGCGGCGGGCCGGGCAACCCCCCCGGGCCGCCGGCCAACCUGCCGGGCCAGGUGACCAUCCAGGUGCGCGUGCCUUACCGCGUCGUGGGGCUCGUGGUCGGCCCUAAGGGCGCCACCAUCAAGCGCAUCCAGCAGCAGACACACACCUACAUCGUGACGCCGUCGCGCGACAAGGAGCCGGUGUUCGAGGUGACGGGCAUGCCCGAGAGCGUGGAGGCGGCCAAGCACGAGAUAGAGGCGCACAUCGCCAUGCGCACCGGCGUCGCCCCGGCCACGCAGUCCGGCGGGGGUGUUCUCUCGGCGGGCGGCGGCUUCGCGGGCGCCGGCGGCAUCAUGGAGGAGCCCGAGAUCCUGGCGUCCUUGUGCAAGUCUGGCUUCAGCUCGCUCUUCAGCUACCUGGACGGCUCCGCGCAGGGCUCGGCGGCGGACCUGCUCGCCGGGUACCCGCCGGCGCCGUCGUCCGUCACCUCGGGCGUGUUCUCAGGCUCUAGCAGCUCUUCGUCGAGCUCCAGCAGCGGCUCGGCGGGCCACGUGGACAUCAUGUCCAUCUGGUCGGGCAGCCUGGACCAGGACGACGGGCUCGGCGACUCGUCGCCCACCUUCGACGCCGCGGCCGCCGCUGCAACGGCCUCGUCGGCCAUCUGGUCGUUCCCCGGGGCGGGCCGACCCUCGCCCGCCGGCUCUGCCUCGCCCGCGGACUCGCUGUGCCUGGCCGCGCGGCGCGACUGCACCGUGUGCGGCGAGAGGGAGGUGGACGCGGCGCUGGUGCCCUGCGGCCACAACCUGUUCUGUCUGGAGUGCGCCAGCCGCCUGUGCGGCGACGCCCAGCCGGCGAGCUGCCCCGUGUGCCAGCUGCCCGCCGUGCAGGCCAUCCGCAUCUUCUCCUAAGUCACCUCGAGACUGAACCAGCACUGCGUGCCACGAUAGUAAUAAUGUUUUAUACAACGAAAACAUUAACAGUAGAUGUUAACCAGGACCUCAUGUUUUCUCUCUCCUCUCUUCUUCGGUCAGCAUUUCUAGGUGUACGGUUGUGUCAUCUUAUGUUCAUCGGCCGCAUUUCAUUUUCGCCGUUCGUUGGCGGCCUGGUCUUUUGACGCUCGUGGCACGGCGUGCUAUGGAAACAUCGUGAUUGUAUUGAUUAGUCUGGAGUUCACCACACAUUUUAAGAGUAUUAAUGAUGAAAAUAUUUUAAUGAGAUUCAAAGUUUUGUAUUGUACCUUGUAUGUGUGUGAGUUGUGUACUCUAGUUCCCUCGGGAUGCUGAGCUGAGUUAACUGUCAAAGAUGACUAGAAUUCUCUUUCACGAGAUUCUUUUUAUUUUGCUCGUAAGUUUUUGUAUGGUGGUUAUUCCAAUGCAAGUGUAGGUGAUUCUCAUUAUUUAAGUGGUAUAAAGUAAUAUAAUAUAAAGUAUAUCUCGAGUAUCGGCUCUCGCCCGGGCAGGGAUCAAGUCCAGACACUAGCACCGGCUGUGAUUCUCAAAACUGCCAAUGGCGCGCUAGCGGCGCGGUCUCCAAUUUUAACAGUGGUUGUCUGAACUACAUACUAUCCAAAGUUUGGGAAGAGUUAUUAUUAUUAUUGCUAUUAUUAAACUUGUGUAUAGUAUUUAUGUCCCUAACUUAAAAGCUGUUGUUGCAUAGAGAGAAAAUCUAAUAUUUAGUCAUAUUAUUAUUGUUGAUACAAACACAUAUCCUGUUGGUCUCUGUUGUUGUAUGUUUAUAUUCUCUUUGUUCAUGUGAUGUAGCCAUAAGUUAGUGGAAAUGGUUAUGUAAGAAAUAUUUUUUAAGCUAUUGAAUUAAUGAAGAGUAUACUUAAUUUUUUUUCUGAACUCAAAGUGAUUCUUUUGAAAGGUAAAAAUUCUGUUUAUGUUUGAUGUAUUUUGUGUAAUUUUACAAAAUCCAAUGCUGAAGACAUUUUAUCUUGGUUGAAUUGUGAAAAUAGUUAAUUUUUGUGUAAGUAUCUUGUGUUGCAAGUGUUUUUGAUAUUUAAUUGAAAGUGUUUAUUUUUCUAUUGCGAGUACUUUCUUAAUGUGUAAGUGAAAAUUGCCAUCCUUGCUCCCUGCUCGGGUGAGAAGCUUCGUGCCUCUCACAAAAGGUUCAGUAUUUGUUUUUUAAUAUUAAUGUUUGAAAUAUAAAAGAGUAUUGUAUAUUAUUUUUUGUAUGUAAUAUGUAGGUGUACCAAUGUUUAAAUAUAAAAGAAUUGAGAGUUUAUCAUUCAAUAGACACAUGAUAAAAGUUCAAGUGUAAUGUAGUUGGUGUGUAAAAGUUAUUUAUUUAAUUUGAUUUCUAUGUAUCUUAAAAGAAUAUUUUUAUUUUUUUACAAUUUCAUAAAGAUUGACAGUAUCCAAGUAAAUGUGAGAAAAAAAAAUAGUUGGCGCUGAUGGCAACUUAUGGAAUAUGACUUAUGAUUAACUGUUAUCACAACAUGAUAGCCUAUGUUUGGCAAACAUUGAAGUUUGUGGAAGCAAUAAAUAUUAAAAUUUUCACGGUUUCCAUAAUAUGCAAUCAGCGCCAUUAAAUUGCUUAGCAUAAUGACACUUUUUGCAUUUUUCUAGAUAAAUUUUUAACUCUUAAAUAAUUGCAAUUGUAUACUGUGGCAAAGUCUCCCCUCCCCCCUCAAAACUGAGUUAGCACAAUUAUGAUAAAAGAGAGAUAUAUUUCAGAUUUGUAGUUUAGUGUUUUUCUAUUUUAUUAUGAUCCUAUAUAUAUAUUAUGGUACUAUAUAUUAUAUAUAUGAUAUAGCUCUCAGAGUGACACAGAGAAGUUAUUUUUUAUGUUAAGUCUGCUCAAAAUAACAGUUGGACAGGAAUGGUGUAAAAACUUUAGUUUGGGACUGGACCGGCAUGUGUAUGGUAUGCUUUAUUUGUCUUCCGAAAGGAUUGUCUCCAAGGGGCUGCCUUGUCAGAGCCGCCAGCAGCAACAUAGUUUUGGAGACGUGCACAUUCAACCAUUUUUGUUUUCUUAUAAAUAAUCUCAAAAAUUUAAUUUAAAAAAGUGUUAGCUGUAGUAAAUUCUUGAUGCUAAAAAAGUCUGAUAUCAAAUAGUCUGUUCUGCUGUCUAGGAAUAAAAAUAUAAUAAUGCGACUAGUUUAAUGCAAUAAAUACAACAAUGUUUUAGAUAUUAAAAAAAAUUCUGUAGGGAAGAUUGUUGCAUCACAAGGAAAAUAUUUUUGGGCAAUCACUACUGUGAAUUACUUAAUUUUAGUUUACUUUGACUCAUUCAGAUGGUAGUGUGAAGAGAAACUGACACAGUUUGCACGGCCGAACGAGUGCUCCCUGAUAGUGCGCAGGUGUGAAGACGUAAGCUGUGAAAUGUCUACAGGCAACUAGCUCUCGACUGAAGUGUGCACGCGUGUCACCAAAUAAUAACGAUGUUAUCUGACAAUGUAACAGGUCCAGGCCUAAGUAUGUAUUAUAAUGUAUUUAACAUAUAAAAUGUUUAACUAGUGUUUUUGAUCUUGUCAAGAAAUAAUAGAAUAAUAAAAUCUUUUAUUUAUUCUAAAACUUAUUAAAACAAUAAAAAAAACCUGAUAUCUUUUGUUGGCUGGUUAAUUGAGGGUUUAUGGUGACCAUUCUGGGCAAUUUCAGAAAACUUACCUGGAAGUUCAGCAAGUGUAAAUCAGAGGUGCAGUGAAUAGAUUGAAAAUAUGGCUGCUUUUUGUUUAUCACACUUUUGCCUUUUUGACAAUUAUGGAAGGAUGAUGUGCAUCCAGAAAAUGGAUUCGCUGAACUCUGAAAGCAAUAAUAAAAAUUAUUUAAUGUAUUUUAGUAUUGCUGGGAUUGCAUCAGCCUGGUCCUAUAAGCAUUUAUUAGAAAGAGCACACGAACCCAUUAAAACUUGGCUCACAUAUUGUAUAAUAUAUUAUGAACAAAUACUUCUAUUGAUAUGUUGGUUGAUGUGUGUACACGUUUGGAUGAAUACAAAGUGCUUGUGUGUGUAAUUUAGCUUAGGUCUUGCAUUUUGAAUAAAGAAUAAGCUCAGGCAAAGUAACUUAUUAACUAACCAAGAUUUCAAAAGUAUUUGUUGCACAUUUAAGCAUUUGAAAAGUUUUGAAUUUAAUGCUGUUAUUUAAUGUUUAAGAAAUUCUAAAUGGAUAAACCACUGUGAAGUCUCAUUUGCCACACUCAUCAUUCCCAUAUGGUUUGAACGCACAAACUGCAAAAAAGAAAGUAAGAUAAUUUGGCAGAACUAAUUUGCAAUGUAAAAAUUGAACAUUUGCUGGGAUUAAGGUGAAAGCAUUGCUUUAGUCCUCGCAGAUUUUUAUACCUUUUAGGAUAACUCUGUGAAAAUAGUUCCAUUUUAAAGGGAGAUCAGAAGCUGUUAUCUUUUCAAGCAUGAUUUACACAUUCUUUUAAGUAGUAUAAGGGAAUGUUUAAUCAAAAUUUAAUUUUGUAAAUAGUUUACCUUAAUUUGUAUGCACAUAAAUAUUUUAUUUUGGUUUUACUUUUUAUUAUCUUGCAUCCCUGCAUACUUUACGAAAAAAAUAAACAUGUAGACACUAUUUUUUUUAGUUUAAGAAUUCAAUUUUGAGCAUUUUGCUGCUACCUAUAUUCAAUUACUUUUUUUAUUGGACCCUUUUAUGACAAUGUGAACAAUAAUACGCUUUAAUUUAUGUUGUACCAGUAGGGUGUGAUUGGAAAUUUAUGGUCCUAUCUUAAUUUAAGUUGGUUUUGUAUAUAUGUAUUGUACCUUUCUUUUGAUGGCAGCCUUGUUGACUUGUGUGGUGUAUGUUUUUAUUCUGACAUGCUGACAAAGUGUCUUUAUUUUACGUAAGUCUUGUGGGGUGGUAUUUCAUUAUUAUGUAGCAAGUUUUUUUUCACGUAUAAUUAUUUAAAAAAAAUAUAUCAUGACUUGUUUCCAUGAUUUAUUUUAGAAAUUAAUUAUUGAACUUAAUUUUUUUUAUAUUUGUUAAAAUUCAAAAGGUUAUUGAAUAUGAGGCAGCUUUUCAGAUAGUAAAUUAGUAAAUUUAGUUUCACUUGGAGGUGAUAUAGUAGUCUUAAUGUAGGCUCCUCAAACUCCAUUGCCACAUCAUAAAAGUGAAAGUGUUUUAAUGACCUAGUACAUUUGUAUAAAGCUUGUAAAGUUUAUUUGUUAGAAUAAAAAUUCAGAUAAAACAAUUUUUGUACAGAAGUGAGUUGGAGAAUGAGCAUAGUGUAAUAGCAGUAAUUUUAUUGCUACAGCCCUCCACAUGGUGUUUUAUGUUGGACUGUGAAUCAUUGGUUAUUUUGUAGUUGGUACCUAACUUGUGUUACUUUGAUGUUGUAUGUAAUGUUAAUUCAAUACUUUAUACAAUUAUAUAUACAAAAGUUCUUAUAUUAAAAUGUAUAUGAUUUUAUUUUUAUACUUUAUCUGCUUGAUUUAGUAAACUUGAAAGUAUUUUACUCUUAACACUGUCAGGAAUAAAAACACACACACAUACCCCAUAUCAAUGCUUUUCUGUGAUUUGAAAGACUGAUUAUGUGUUAUUUUGUUUGAACAAAAAGGCAUUAAAACUAUUUUAAGCUUUGAAUAUCCAUACAUGUAUAGACAUUCUGCAAUAUUUAUUUUUUAUGUUUUAAUGGUUGAUGCAUGCUAAAACCAGAUACGCAAAACUCUCGCCAGUCUGGAAUAAACUUGACGGUGUGCUUGUUAGCCAUUAUGUUAAUCCUUGGUCAUCUUGUUUGGUUGAUUUGGGUGCAGUGCUAACAAGACUGUUGGGUUUUAAUGACCAUGUAUUCCUGGCAAAUUAUUCUUAUACAAGAGUUACUAUCAUAACACCACAAUGAGCUUUGUAGUAUAUUACAACAUAUGCAUAAAACCAUCUCCCGAUUAUAAAAUCAUUAUUUUGUCUUACUGGAUGUUUGAAAAAUUCAUUUAUUCAGGUAUCGUACAAAAUGCCAUUUGUUCGGCGAUAUGUCACACAAUUCAAUACAGGCAAGCUAUCUAGACAAACAUUUGUCAUUUUAAUAUUAAAAUGGUGCAUCUAAGAGUAAUAUGGAUAUUGGGUGUGUGUUGUAUGUGAAUGUUUGUCGAAGUGGAAUGUCAUUUUCAUUCAUGUGUAACAUAUAUAUUUUAUGCAAUAAAUAAUGAUAAAUAAUUUAAAAUUGUGGACUAGAGGCCAUGCGACUGAACCAUUGCCUAUUUUCCAUUUUGUCUCGUUUUUCUACUUAGUGAUUAUGAUAAAGUAAAUAUGCUGAACUAGUUGGAAUUGUAAUAAAAAUCCUUGUGUAACCUGUUUAAAAUGGUAUGAGCUGGAAAAGUAGACCAGGUUAUGGCUUUUGUGUGGUCCUUGAAAUGUGACGUUAUAUGCUGCUUGUCCAAUUUUGAAUAAUAGCUAAUAAGUAAGAUUUAAAAACUAAUAGGACUGAACAAAUUUUUGUAGUCACAAUUUUUGGGAAUUGUUUUUUUAAGAUUAACACAUUUAUAUAGAAUGCAAAAAAUAAAUAGGUGUGGGAUUUUUCAACUUCAAAAAACAUACUACAGAUUGUCAUGUAGACUAGUAAGCAGGUAUAUUUUUUCACAUGAUAGAAUGUAAGCAUUGCUAACAGCAAAUGCCAUAUUUUUUAAUUAAAAAAAUAAAAAAAUAAAUUUGGUGCCAAAAGUUUGUUUUUCCAGAAUUCAGGGUGAAUGGUUGAAACAAUCCCAUACCUACAAAAUUGUUGUCCUUGCAUAUUGGAAAAAUAAAUAAAUACCAAAUGUUUGUUUGCAUGGCAAAGGUGUUAGGUGUGUUUUGAAGACAAUUGUGUAGUUGUGGGAUGCUCUCACCCGGUGAACACUACUGCAGUAGCAUGGUACAUGCAUUCAGCAUGGGCAGCAUGAAGCACGCCACAGUGCAACAUGAGAUGUUCUGCAGUGGUGCAAGGUGGGAGAAUCCCACUCGUGGAACUUUACAAGGUCUGGCUAUCUUAGUGCUGUAACCACCCGGGUUCUUGAUUCACCUUUUUAAUUUUAGUCUGCUUUUAUAACUUGUCUUAGAAUGUCUUUGUGUGUUUAUAUUCAAGAUCUUGUGAUUGUUUUACUAAUAAGUGGGAACUUUAUAUUGAUGUUUUGGGUUUGAUGUUGAGUUAGUGAUAGUUACUUUAAUCUCAAAUUAAAAACAUUUUGGAUCCUUCAUUACACUAUGAAUACUUAAAAUUUUUCCAGGGUGUACAGCAACUUUGUUAAAAUUUUAUUUAUCUCUGACUAUAAGGUACGGAGCAGGGCAGUUUUGUAUGACCCCCUUUUCUUAACUGUUGACCCAAUUGAUCAGCUGUAGUGGUGUGCUGUCUCAUACUAGGCUGCACCUUGCAGAUAUGUUCAUUUACAGGCAGCUCAAAAACCCUAGUCAUACACAAGUUAGGCAAAAUUUAGUUCCUUAGACUUCCAUGUUUUAAAACUCUUGUUAAUUUAAAAGUUUCUUCUUAAAAUAGCAAGUUUUUUUUGCUGUGCAGCUUUUGUGGAUCUUUGCGUGCAAACAUGUCUAUUUAGCUAAAAACAUGCUCGUAUUUACUGUGAAAGCUGCAAAAUGGCUUGUAAGUCCCAGCAGGCAGUUUCUUAAUAGUAUUCAGACUUCUUCAAAUGGAAAAUCAGCAGUAAAGAUAAAAGCAUUUUAGUUUUUCGGUGUGAUGAAAGUCUUAUCGUAAGCACAGAGUAAUCCUGCAAAUUAAUGUUAUAAUAGUUGCUGUUACUUUCAUCAAGCCAGUGAAAUUCUUUUGUGCUGAAUUAGUGAAGCGUAGCAUGGAUACAAUUCAAAACACUCAAAUUUGGAAGAUAAGUUGCAUUCCUAAUUCUACAGUUUUCAGUUUUGACUGCUGCCCCCCUAUCCAUGGGUUACAAAAACUGAGAUAAUGGAAAAAAAAAUUCACCAGUACUUAAAAUUAUAAAGUACACAACUUAUUGAAAUCAAAACCCCUGAUAAUUGUGUGCCCUAUUUCAAUAUGAACUAUAGGAAGAGGCAUGGAAAUGCCAGCACAUAGCCAGAUCUUGGAGGUUAAGCUAGACAUUCUUUAGAAUUUGUUGGAUGGUUACUUGAGUGGUCAUUUUAAAGUGUUUAUGGUAUCAGUAACGUAAUACAUAUAUUUACAUUCAUUUACAUGUAUAGAGUAUUAACUAAUCUUGGAAUAUAUGCAUAUAUCUAUUUAAAUUAUGAUGGAACAUGAAGUUAUUUGUCUGCAUUCCCAUUCCCUUGUAUGCUCAGUAAUAUUUAUAUAUCUAGUUACGUAAGAUGGUUCAUUUUGGAGAAUCUUAAACUCAAAUCCAGCUCUUGUCAGGGUUGUGUGUGUGUUUCAAAAAAAAAUAUUUUGCAAAAACUUUAAAUACGUAUUUAAUUAUUAAAAAAAUGUUAAUUAUUUAAGAGAACUUUUUUCCAAGCAUGUGUUUGUACCCAAAGAAAAUAUACUCAGCCUAAAUACCUAUAGAUAGUUCCAUGCAAAAUUCUUCGUAUAUAUUUUUAUUAUACAUGUUUUACUGUGCAUAAGAUAAUCUCAACAAGAUAAUGUAUUUUCAAGUUCAACGUAUUACCUCCUUUUUGGGUGAAAGAGUACUUAAAAGAAAUCUAUGUUAAUUUUUCAUGUUUGCUGAUAUUUUAUUUUUCAGACUUGGUGAAUUACAUUCACUUUGAUUCUUUAGAAAAUAAAUUGUAUUUGUAAGUAAAA